AUGACUUUAAUACCAUCUAAAUUCUACUAUAAUUCAGGAACACAGCUCAAAGAUGUUAAAAUGUCUGACCCUGAUCUUAUUAUUUCAAGUGAAUGCCUUGAAAUAUAUGGUAACAACAAAAGAGAUUAUUGCUUUUUACAAUGCAAAGAUACAUUAAAAUCUUUUUCAUUUCAGCCCAAUCCUAAACUUGUAACAAUUGGACCAUAUGCUUUCUAUAAUUGCAUUAAAUUAGAACGAAUUGAUUUAUCAUCAUGCACAAUGCUCACAUCAAUAAAAACUUAUGCUUUUUGCCAAUGUACAUCUGUUACAGAACUUUUGUUGCCUAAAGGUCUUCAAUAUAUUAUGCAAUUUGCUUUUUCCAAUUUGAAAAUUCAAACAGUUACUAUCCCAGCAUCAGUUUUAAAAAUAUACGAUCAUGGAAUAGCUGAUAUGACAACAUUAACUUCAAUAAUCUUCAAAGAAGGAUCAAAAUUAGAUUCACUUUCUAACAAUGCUUUUUUUUCAACAAAACUAACAGAAUUUAAAGUACCAGAGUCAGUGUCUUCUAUUAUGGGAACAUUUCUUAAUGGUGUACGUACAAUGCGCACAAUCAAUGUUCAUCAAAAUAAUAAGUUUUUUGUCACUAGUGACAGUUGUGCAGUUUAUACUAAAGAUUAUCGAGUACUUAGUAUAUUUGCUGCGAGUUCUGUAUCCACAUAUGUAAUUGAUUCAAGAUGCACUUCAAUUAACUAUGGUGCCUUUAUAAGCUGUCAAUGCACAUCUAUAACAAUUCCUUCAUCAGUUACCCAAAUUGGAGGGUAUGCAUUUUGUGGUUCUUCGAACAUCAAACAAAUCACUUUACCUCCAUCCAUUACAAGAAUUGAAGCAUCCUGCUUUAGUGGUUCAGGUUUAACAUCUAUUGAUAUUCCUGAUAAAGUGAAAUACAUUGGCGCAUAUGCAUUUUCAUUAAACACUUUCCUCAAAACAGUUCUUCUACCAGAAAAUUUAACUGAAGUAGGUGGAGGUGCAUUUCCAUCAUCAAAUGACAUUAAUUUUACAUUUAAAGGAAAUUCUUCUAUCACGAUUGAUAACCAAAUGCUGAUGAUUUCAAAGGAUAAUUCAUCAAUAUCUAUGUUACUUAAACCAGAUACUGUUCAAAUAACUCUUCCUAUUCAAACUAAAGAAAUUAAAAGCUCUGCUUUCUCUGGAAAAAAAUCACUUACAACCAUUAAAUGUGAUGGAAUUUCUGAAAUAGACACAAUUGGAGAUUAUGCAUUCUUUAGCUGUACAAGCUUGAAAUCCAUACCAUACUUCCCUAAGCUUAAGACUAUUGGUAUUCAUGCAUUUAGUUAUACAAUUCUUUCUUCAGAAUUCCUAUUCCCAGAAAGUUUCACUUCUCUUGGUGAAUAUUCAUUUUCUAAUAUUGUAACACUUCCAAGCAUAUCAUUUGCUUCUACAGCAAAAACUUUAACCAUCAGUAAUUAUGCAUUUUUUGGAUGCACAUCUUUGAGUCGAGCUUCGUUUGAUGAAUGUACAAGUAACAUUUCUUUAGGAAUGAAUGUUUUUACUGAUUGUUCAUCUCUUAUUAUGUUCCGGGUAUCUUCACAUAUGAAAAGCAUUGAUUCCGGAUGCUUAAUGAAUUGUGGAAUUCGAACAAUUACUUUUGAGAAUAGUGAAACAUCUUUUGAUAGUCUUCCAUCUAUGUUCAUGAAAGGAUGUACAAAUAUAGAAGAAAUUCUUAUUCCUAAUAAUAUUGUUACAAUUGGAACUGAAUGUUUCAGUGGAACAUCAAUAAGAACAAUCAAAAUCCCUGAUAGUGUUGAAAGUUUAUUAUCCAAUUGUUUCAGUGGAUGUCAAUCACUCGAACAUGUUGACAUAUCAUCAACAUGCAACCUUGCAAGUAUAUCUCCUGCCAUAUUCGAACAAUGCACAUCUCUUUCCUAUAUUAGUGAUUUCGUUAGUUCAAAAUUUGUUUGCCAAAACAGUACAAUUUAUGAUUCCAAUUUCAAGAGUGUAUAUCUUCAUGCACCAACCUGCAAGGAUAAUUAUAUAAGCUUUGAUCGUCGUCUUGUUAAAGUUGAAGAAAGUGCUUUCAUUAAUAGUGCUUAUAUUGAAUUUGUUGUCUUUGUAGAUAACAGUGUUGUAAGCAUUGGUAAACGUGCAUUUGAAUCAUGCACUCGCCUGAAACAGAUAAGUAUCCCAUCAAGUGUCACAUUUAUUGGUGAAGAUGCUUUUACAAAUUGCGAAAGUUUAAGAUGUGGUGUUCUUUUCCAGAAUAAAUCGAAGCAAUUUGUUGAAUAUCUUCUAAAAAGCGGCCUUCCAAAAUCUGCAAUUCUUCGAUGUGAAGCUUUUAGUUGCAUUGUCAACAAAAAUAGUAAUUUUGCUAUUUCCUUAACUUUAAUUGCUGUUUUUAUUCUUAUGUAA